GGGUCCUGCAGCCUCCCGAGCGCGGAGAGGCGGGGCCGCCCGCUCCCGCCCUGCUGCCCGCGCCCCGUCCCGUCCCGCGGCCCCAGCUCCGGGAGCCGGGCGCCCUGCGCGCGGGCACUCGGCUGCCAGAGCGCCGAGGCGGUACCUUCAGCCUGCGAUGAGAGGAACCCGGGAGAGUCCCCGGGAGCCCACGGAGAGCUUGGCUGCUGCGCCCAGGGUUACCGCUGCCGCCGCGGCUGCUUGAAACUCCUCAAAGUUGAGAGCCGGCGAGAGGCUGCCGCCCGCCGGGAGCCUGAGGGAAAGGAAGUCGGAAGGUGCAGCAGCGACAGACACUGACGCGCAGACCUUCGGAGGGCAGCGCGUCGGCAGCCUCGCCGGGGCCAGCCAGGCUCCCCAGCUCUGUUCACUGGUGGGAGGCUGAGCCGGUGGAAAAGACACCGGGAAGAGACUCAGAGGCGACCAUAAUGUCGUUACGUGUACACACUCUGCCCACCCUGCUUGGAGCCGUGAGACCGGGCUGCAGGGAGCUGCUCUGUUUGCUGGUGAUCACAGUGACUGUGGGUCCUGGCACCUCUGGGGUGUGCCCCACCGCUUGCAUCUGUGCCACUGACAUCGUCAGCUGCACCAACAAAAACCUGUCCAAGGUGCCUGGGAACCUUUUCAGACUGAUUAAGAGACUGGACCUGAGUUAUAACAGAAUUGGGCUUCUGGAUUCUGAGUGGAUUCCAGUAUCAUUUGCAAAGCUGAACACCCUAAUUAUUCGUCAUAACAACAUCACCAGCAUUUCUACGGGCAGUUUUUCCACAACUCCAAAUUUGAAGUGUCUUGACUUAUCGUCCAAUAAGCUGAAGACGGUGAAAAAUGCUGUAUUCCAAGAAUUGAAGGUUCUGGAAGUGCUUCUGCUUUACAACAAUCACAUUUCCUAUCUUGAUCCUUCAGCCUUUGGAGGCCUCUCCCAGUUGCAGAAACUCUACUUAAGUGGAAAUUUUCUCACACAGUUUCCGAUGGAUUUGUAUGUUGGAAGGUUCAAGCUGGCGGAACUUAUGUUUUUAGAUGUUUCUUAUAACCGAAUUCCAUCCAUGCCAAUGCACCAUAUAAAUUUAGUGCCAGGAAAACAGCUGAGAGGCAUCUACCUUCAUGGAAACCCAUUUGUCUGUGAUUGUUCCCUAUACUCCUUGCUGGUGUUUUGGUAUCGUAGGCACUUUAGCUCAGUGAUGGAUUUUAAGAAUGAUUACACCUGUCGCCUGUGGUCUGACUCCAGACACUCGCGUCAGGUACUUCUGCUCCAGGAUAGCUUUAUGAAUUGCUCUGACAGCAUCAUCAAUGGUUCCUUUCGUGCGCUUGGCUUUAUUCAUGAAGCUCAGGUGGGGGAAAGACUGCUUGUCCACUGUGACAGCAAGACAGGUAAUGCAAAUACCGAUUUCAUUUGGGUGGGUCCAGAUAACAGACUGCUAGAGCCGGAUAAAGAGAUGGAAAACUUUCACGUGUUUCACAAUGGAAGUCUGGUUAUAGAAAGCCCUCGUUUUGAGGAUGCUGGAGUGUAUUCUUGUAUCGCAAUGAAUAGGCAACGCCUGUUAAAUGAAACUGUGGACGUCACAAUAAAUGUGAGCAAUUUCACUGUAAGCAGAUCUCAUGCUCAUGAGACAUUUAACACAGCUUUUACCACUCUUGCUGCUUGCGUGGCCAGUAUAGUUUUGGUACUUUUGUACCUCUAUCUGACUCCGUGUCCCUGCAAGUGUAAAACCAAGAGACAGAAAAAUAUGCUACACCAAAGCAAUGCCCAUUCAUCAAUUCUCAGUCCUGGCCCCGCUAGUGAUGCCUCCGCGGAUGAACGGAAGGCAGGUGCAGGUAAAAGAGUGGUGUUUUUGGAACCCCUGAAGGAUACUGCAGCAGGGCAGAACGGGAAAGUCAGGCUCUUUCCCAGCGAGGCAGUGAUAGCUGAGGGCAUCCUGAAGUCCACGAGGGGGAAAUCUGACUCAGAUUCAGUCAAUUCAGUGUUUUCUGACACACCUUUUGUGGCAUCUACUUAAUUUGUGCCUAUAUUUGUAUGAUGUCAUAAUUUAAUCUCUUCAUAUUUAACUUUGUGUGUGCUCUGCAAAAUAAACAGCAGGACAGAAAUUGUGUUGUUUUGUUUUUUGAAAUACAAUCAAAUGGUCUCUUCACAUGAUUGGUAGGAGAUGAGGUAAAGCACUUUAGUUCCUCAAUGUGCCAGAGAAAGAUGGGGUUGUUUUCCAAAGAUUAAGUUCUAGAUGACAAUAUCUUAGUCUUUGGCACUAUUGAUAAUUUCAGAGCAGGCCCAGAGGUGAUAUGACUCCCCUUGUCCCUUUAUUUAGGGUAUUGAAAGAAAAAAUAAAUUUUAUGUAUUCGUGUCCUUUAAAAAUAGACUGUGCUAACUUAUUAGGACCAAAGUUGAGUUAUUUUAAAGAAAGCACUAGUGUUCAAUUUUAUUUUUAAAAGUUGUAGAAAGAAGAAUCAAGCAUCAAUUAAUUAUAAAGCCUAAAGCAAAGUUAGAUUUGGGGAUUAUUCAGCCAAAAAUUACCACUUCAGACCAGAAUGAAUAGACGACACUGAUAAAAUGCACUGGAUAAUGCCACAUCCUAUACAGUGUUAUAUAAAUAGUGCAAGGAAAGUACAACUGUUUGCCUGUCUUCUUUUCAUUCUGUACAUUUUUUCCAUUCUGUAUCUUUGUACAAAAGAGUUCAUUGAAAAUUUAAAGUCAUCAUGAUUUGUUGCCAUAAAUAUGUAAGUGUCAAUACCAAAAUGUCUGAGUAACUUCUUAAAUCUCUGUUCCAGCAAACUAAUAUAUUGGUUCAUGUGCUUGUGUAUAUGUAAAUCUUAAAUUAUGUGAACUAUUAAAUAGAUCCUAUCUUACUGUGCUUUGGACAUCUGAAUUAAUGUAAAUACAUCUAAUCUGUGACUUGAUGUUUUAUUUGGCUACUUAAAAACAUAAAUCUAAAUGUUUUAUGUUCUCA